GCGUGCAGGGGGGUCCUGGAGGAGUGGACAGCACAGGCUUCUUUAACUUCUCUCUGUCUGGACACACAGGGCUCCCUCUCAGCUUAACAUGCAGGAAGAAGUGCAAACUGUGCUCAUCUGAUUACAUAAUGACCCAGUGACAGUGAGCCAGAACCGGUACUGCCAGUACCAGUGUGCUGGGAGACACUGACUGACUGGUUAAUCCUCGCCCAGGCCUCUCGCCUGGUUUCGUGUUUUUUCUCUUUCUUCUUAGAAGCUUUUAUUUUUCUAAAUAUAGGAUGACAACGACGUAGAGGGACUGCAAAAGAAAACAAACAAUGUGAUGUCAAAGUGAGAGGUGAUGUAAAACAUGCUCGAGCUGUCAACAAGUGCGCGCCGCUCAAAACCGUGAAUUUUCUCAUCUUUUUUUCAGUCUUUUUCCUCCGAAGACAGAUCGAAUGCCAUCUGUCUUUUUCACAUGUCUGCUGGACAGUGAAAUUAAUUAAAGCUUCAGGUUUCAAAGCUGUGGUCCAAGUGAACUUCUAUUACAAGUCAGCAGGAAGCACCAGCCAUGACCUCAGCCACUCCCCCCUCCUCUGAAGGCUCCUCCCCUCAGAAAGUAUGCCACUCCCAGACACAGACUGACAUCACCAAACCCCUGCUGGGCUCCACAGGGGGGACUGGAGGUGCUGGUGCAGGUGGAGGAGCCACGGCAGCUGGAGGGCCCAAUGCUCUGCGGAGGAGGCGACGCGUCCUCUCCAAAGAUGGCCGAAGCAAUGUACGCAUCGAGCACAUAAGCGGGCGAGGGGCACUGUACCUCCGCGACCUCUGGACGACUUUCCUGGACAUGCAAUGGCGCUACAAGUUCUUCCUCUUCUCUGCCACUUUUGCUGGGACCUGGUUCGUGUUUGGAGUGCUUUGGUACCUGGUGGCCAUGGUGCAUGGAGAUCUACUGGAGUUCGACCCCCCCUCCAACCAUACUCCAUGUGUAAUGGAGGUGAAGACCCUGACGGGAGCCUUUCUCUUCUCUCUGGAGUCUCAGACCACAAUUGGAUACGGUUUCCGGUGCAUCACCGAGGAGUGUCCUGCUGCCAUUGUGCUGCUCAUCUUUCAGCUGGUCAUCACCAUGGUGAUGGAGAUCUUCAUCACCGGCACGUUCCUUGCAAAGGUCGCUCGUCCCAAGAAGAGAGGCGAGACAGUGAAGUUCAGUCAGCACGCGGUUGUGUCAAACCAUGAGGGUCGACCCUGCCUCAUGAUCCGAGUGGCCAACAUGCGCAAAAGCCUGCUGCUGGGAUGCCAGGUGACGGGGAAGUUGCUUCAGACAUCCCUGACAAAGGAGGGUGAGACGGUGCGGCUGGACCAGCGCAAUGUGCCUUUCCAGGUGGACACGUCUAGCGACAGCCCCUUCCUCAUCAUUCCUCUGACUUUCUACCACAUCAUUGACGACAACAGCCCCCUCAGGGCCUGGGCAGCAAAAGGUGGUGGCUGGACAGACCCGGAGCUGGCUGACUUUGAGCUGCUGGUGAUCAUGAGCGCCACAGUUGAGCCAACCUCUGCCACCUGUCAGGUUCGAACAUCCUACCUUCCGGACGAGAUCCUCUGGGGCUACGAGUUCCCCCCUGUUGUCUCCCUGUCUCCCUCAGGAAAAUAUGUGGCCGAUUUCGCCUUCUUUGACAAAGUGGCCAAAACCAAAACCCCACCCCUCUUCAAGCAGGCCCUGCCACCAAGCCCGCCAUCACGGGCGUCUCGUUACCACGGUGGCAAGGAGGCUGGGACGGACCCAGAGAAGAUGCGACUGGAGGAGAACUACAGGGUGGAAGAGAAGGGGCGAGAAAGGGGGCGCAUCAGAGAUAGCAGCCCGCUGAGUGUGCGUAUUAGUAAUGUGUGAGAGAAAAGAGAGAAACAGGAAGUGGUUACAGAAAGAAGAUGUGAAACAGAGGUAAGGUGAAGACAGGAAGGAAAAACAAACAAGCUGCUCAUAGUGUCAGAUGAAAACAUCUCACCCACUCGUACACAAAACACCCCGCCUACGCAUAUGAGAGGAACACCUGGGUGCCCUUUCACCUUGCCCACGAACCGCACACAGACACACUGCCGGUGUGUCACUGUCGGCAAUACACUGAGGAAAUCUGUGAGGAGAUCUGUGUCUACAAACCCAACAUGUACAAAUGUACAGCACAACAUCAAGUCAUCCAUAGAGACAUUUUCUACACUUCUGUUUUGGAAAGGACUUGUUUUAAUGCAACUGGAGGAUGCUCAAACACUGCAAAAUAAUCUUCAUCUUAUCAGGUCAUUUCUGUCUGUGUUUUAUUCCCAGGGGUGUCGGAAUAACUUAAUCUGAUUCCAGUAGAAAUCAACUUGUUUCAAGAAUUUUCUAGAAAUUAGUAGGAUUUUUUGAACCAAGAAGGAAUAAGAAAAGUGGCCUUGAUUUCAGAAAAAUAAAAAAAAGUUGAUUUCUAUUUCUGUUUUAAGAAAAUAAGAACUCAGCUACAGAAAAAUGUACUUGAUAGGAGGAUUUUUGCAGUGUGGUUGAACAUCUGACUGAAUCACUGUACUGUUUUUUCCCCAUUUUUUAAAAUGAACAAAAUACCUGCAAAAGCAGCUUGUUCUCAUUCCCAGGUCAUCAAAAUAUUAAUGCUUUGUCACACCCAUCGGUCAUGAGUGUAUUACUGAAUGAGCCUAGGCCAAGGGACCCCUAAGCUAGAGUCUCUGACAAAAAAUUAGCAACAGCAACUUCAUAUAAAGGGCUUCUUCAUCAUGUCCAUAACAGAGCCUCAAAAAAGAAAACGAAAGAAAUAGCCUAAACAUUCACCUCUAAAAUGUCACAAGAAAGAAACAACAGCAUGCUGUACCUGCCCAAGAGAGGGUGAGGGAGCCUUUUACACCAGGUCCAGGGGCCCAUUGUGUCAUAAUCCGACCAUGCCCUCGGUGUCUGUUAAAUGCCAAAGGCGCCCUUUAGCGUCUUUAUGAGAUGCAGCGGGAUUCCAUCUAAUUCUCAUGUAAACCCAUCUGCUGCAGUAUUUGAUUGGUCAAACAAACACAGGACUUUGACCCAGGAGACCAGUUUGUGUCCUGUAUGAAACCAAAAGUCAACAAUGUUUAAAGUAACAUUACAUCAUUUUUGAUUGUCACGCACAUGUGUUUACAUCAAGACAUGUUACGUACUUAUUUUAACCCUAAACAUAAUUUUAUUUCUCAACAUAUCCUCAAACAACGGUUUGUAUGAUUUCCUACGAAUAAGCUCCCCAAUAAUGAUGUUACGUGCUUAACGUAAAGUUACUGAACUAACGUAAAGUUAUGAAUGUUUAGGCUAGGCAAAUAAAGUUACUCUGCUUGAGUUUAGGAGAAGAAACUUGGUGUUGAUGUACCUUAAAAUGACUCAAAGUUCACACUGGUCUCCUGGGGAAAGUCCCAGGUGAAGUUCUGUGUUUGGUGACACAUCCACCGCCCAAACCUGUCUCCUUACUGGCUCGCUCAGGACCGCUUUCUUCUUUACUCCCAUCAGCGCAUUGGUUGCUGAUCACAGCCAUCCAAAAUAUGUUGGUUUAACAGGUAUUACUGGCCAAUGAUUAUGUGAGAUACAUACAAAUUUAGGUGCAUAAAUGUACACAGUGCACAAGAAAAGCCGGUGUUUAUAAACAAAAGUUUCAAAACAUUAACCAUGUGUUUCAGCUGGGCGUCACCGAGAGAUGCUAAAGGGUGCCCUGUGCGUCACUAUCAGAUGCCAAGAGGCAUGACAAAGCGUUGGUAUUUGACAGCCGGGGAAUGGGAACAGGUUAGCAAAAGGUGGCGAAAAUACUGGAACCAUAUUAUUUUUUUAACGAAGGAUUUUAAAGGAAUGUAUCAUAUUUUAUGUACACAAUAGUUUCUAACAUCGUUA